AAGUCAUAAGAAAACAACCCGGAUCCGUCGAAAGUCAAAGAGGAGAGGAAAAAAGAGAGGUUGAGAUUGCGACGGGAGAUGGGGUGUUGUUUCUCUUGUUUUGACGGAGGAAAAAGAGAGGAGAGAAGGGAACAGGAGAGAUUGGCUUCCGCCGAGGCUCGAGCUAAAGCUGCCGAAGCUGCGCAGAAACGGCAAGAGCAAUUUGAAAAGUCAGCUGCAGGGAGAGCUGCACGUGCACAGCUAGAAGGGAUUGCAAAACAAUCUGCAAACACCAAUAAAGGCGAACCAGUUCUAAAGUGGCAGAUGGGUUGAGGUCCUGUCUGUUCCAUGUUGAAUCAAAAAUUUUUUAUGUUGAUAGUAGGUUGUAUUCUCUGCAUGACCAGUUUACUACUCUUCCUGGAGCAAGUGAGAACAUCCCCAAAGCAAAUGUGCGUCUGUCAAAUUUGACGCUGUAAUUUUUUUUUUCCAAUUAUGAUAUACGGUUUGAAAAGACCGCUGAAGAUGUAGGUUUAUGUUUUGCCUCUUCUAUACAAUCUCAGCCUGAACAUGGUUUAUUUUCUCCAUAAUAACUCACUCUCCAUUUUAAUUUUAUGGCCCAAGACUCAGUUCCUUGUGCAUUAAGAUUUUUUUGCGAUGUAUCAGAAUUUGAUA